CAAUGAAUUGAAAAAUUUAAUAUCAAAAUUUCAUUUGACGCGAGCGCACGCGACGACGGAUGUUAAAUAGCCGUGUUCACUUGUACAACUUAAACAACAUACAAAACACACACACACAGAGAAUAAACAAAGCAACAUUUUGUAGUUUGAACACAUGUUGUUCUGAAAACACAAGAAGUGCAAAGAAGAAAAUAAAUAAUAUUUUUUUGCAAAAAUAAUAAAUGAAAAGUGAAAUUAUUGCAAAAAAAAUAAAAAUGGAAAUUAUGCCAUAAAAAUAUGACAAACAAACAAAUGCAAGUGAAAUUUAAAUGAGAUUUAGUGCGCCAAACUAUCUACAGAAAAAAGUAAUAAGAAAAUAUUGAAAAUUUCUGAAAAUAAACAAAUCAAUAUUGAAAACAAAAAUGUUGUUGGAAAACAAUUUUGUUCAAAACAGAAGUAAACAACAAGAAGUGAUUAUUUAUAAAUAAAAAUAAAGAAAAACACAUUUUUUAUAAAAAAAAAAUAAAAUUUGAAAACAAAAACAAUUUUUUUGUGAUCUAUCAAACGCUUACUGACUUGCCUACUGGAUUACCGGCUCACUCAAAAUUUUUUGGAUUAAAAACUUCACACAUACACACACCCAAAUCAUCUCCGUUAUUUGACCUUUGGGAUUAUACACUGUUAUUUUUUUGUUGUAAUUUAUCUCGGAACUAUUACCCGAUUUUUCCGCUGUAAUAAUACCUCGCAACAAUUUUAUUGUAACCAUGGCUGCGGAUUUAUCAACCACAACAAACGCCAGCAAACCAAUAGCUCUGCCAGCAACUUCCUCAACGGAAAAUCUCUAUAUGCAUUUGAAUGCAUCCGAAUUAUCGGCAAUCAUAAUGAAAGGUUCUCCCCAUUCAAAUGAUCGUGAUGCUGGCUUUUGUUCCGGCAGUUCAGAGGGUGGUGAUGAUUUCUCCAUGGAUAAUUUGCGCCUGGCGCCCAAUAGUCCAGCCAUUGUGACAGACAACUCAUCGGACGAUUCGGUGGAGGUGAAAUGUUCACCCAUCUCUUUGGUGCGCAAUAAACGCAAAAGUUCCGAACCCUCUAAGGUUGUAAGUGAGGCCAACGAAACCGAGAGAUCGCCAUCGGCCUCACAAUCAAAUGGCCCACUCAAGAAGAGGAUACGUUACUCAUCCACCACGGACUCGGGUGUGGUUUUGACAUCACCCCCGGCCCCCUUGCCCUCACCACCGGCCACCACAGCAAAAUGGGAUCCUAGUCAAAUAUUACCUCAUGAAUUAAUGCCAAAUCCAGCCCAGGUGUUUGUACGUCAUCCCGGAGUUACCACGUUACAUCGUCUGCCCAAAGAAGAGCUCAGCGAUGAAUUACCUCAGGAACAAGAAGAACCUUUGGCCUUGGUGCUCAAAAAACCCCCACAAGAAGCAUACCCCAAUGAGGCUGAGGUGAAAAGUCUCAAAAAUCUAACACCCAAAAAGAGAUUUGCCAAUCGUGAUAGCCUUGAGAAGUCACCCAAAAUACCCUGCAAUGAUAACAACGGCAUAACAUUGGUGCCCACGCCAGCCUUGUCAUUGACAUCCUCGCAUGAAGAUAGCUCCUCACUGAAUACCUCAAUGAAUACCACAAAAAAUGCUGCUGCAUCAUGCUCCUCCUCCUCGUCGUCAUCGAAACCCCAGCAGCGUAACUACAAGAAUAUGACUCGAGAGAGACGUAUCGAGGCCAAUGCCCGUGAGCGAUCCCGAGUCCAUACCAUCUCGGCGGCCUAUGAAACUCUGCGCCAAGCUGUACCCUCCUAUUCCAACAAUCAAAAGCUUUCCAAGCUCUCUGUGUUAAGAGUGGCCUGUUCCUAUAUUCUGACAUUAUCGCGCAUGGCUGGCUAUGACUACAGUCCAGAUCAGUCGGAACCCUCGAUUGCGGAUUGUUUUGAUGUUGUCACGGCCACCAUACAAACGGAGGGAAAGAUACGCAAAAAGAAAGAAGAUGGAGAGAAGUAAAUGUUUCUCUCCUUCACACACACACACACAUACAACAAAAUCAAAAAAGAGUCUGAAAUAUUUAGGUUUCCUUAAAACACAAACAAAGAAAAUAAUUUAUUUUCUUUGGACUGAAAUUUAAAAAAAGAAGAGAAAUUGUUGAAAGCUUUUGGGAAAUAAAGAGAGAAAGGGAGAGCUUUUUCCUCGCUCCGAAGCUUAAACAAAAGAUUUAAAUUCCAGGUUUAAUGAAACUUUCCGUAUAGCUUUUAAAGCUCUCCACACCUCAAAAGCUUUCAAUGAAUUCUUCAAGCUCACAAGAUUUAUAAUAUUUAUAAGCUCAAAACCAUACAAAAUGAUGAUGAUGAUAAUAAUGAUAUUAAAAACAAAUUUAUUUAAAUGUGAUUUUGCUUUUUUUCUUAGAAAACAAAUAAAACUAAAAACUCAAUCUAAGCUUAAUUUGUAAAGUAAACUAAAACAACAACAAGUUACUGAUAAAAUUUAAACUAAAGCUUUGUCAAAACUUAAAACUAAAUUUUCUUUGAUGGCUUCUACAAGAAAACACAAAAGACAAUAAAAAACUCCACACUCUCGAAGAAGACGAAGUAGAGAGAAAAAUUACAAGAACAACAACAAUUAUGACAAUAAUUUUUAAAAUUACAAAACAAAACUACAAAAUAAUGUACAAAAAUUCCUUGUAAAACUAAAUGCAAAACAUACAAACAUAUAAUGAUAAGACUCAUACUAUAUAGGUCUCUUUCCUCGUCCCGCUCGCCCCCACCCAUUAUUCAGUUAAUUUGUAAAUUAAUUUAGUUUAUAAGACUUGUCCUCCCUCCCAAAACAACCCGCCCUUUAACGUUUCCUUUUGUAAUCUCAUUAUUGUUUUCCCCCACAGUCUUGUCUUAAUUAUAAUAAUUAUUAUUAUAUAUUUUUUUUUAAAUUUGUUUAAUUAUUUUUUAUAUAAGUUAUUGACAUAAAGUGCCAUAAGAUUGAAAAAAAAUGCAAAAACAAAAAAUGAUGAA